CUUUAAGGCACCAGCUGAGGCACCCAAGAGGAUUACCCCCCUUUGCCCUCUCUCCCACCCACCCCAAAAAGAGAAGAUCCCCUCCCCUGGCCCACCCCUUCCCCUCUUCCCUCCCCCUCCCCCCGAACUUUCCCUCUCGCAUGCUUUUCCCCUGCACCACGGAUCGCCUCUCCGAUGCCGCUUGCCUGGAAGCUGCGUUAGGAGCGAGCGGCGGCGGUGGCGGCGGUGGCGGCGGCGGCAGCUCGGGAGUGCUAUGACCGGCAAACUCGCCGAGAAGCUGCCGGUGACCAUGAGCAGUUUGCUAAACCAACUGCCUGACAAUCUGUACCCCGAGGAGAUCCCCAGCGCGCUCAACCUCUUCUCUGGCAGCAGCGACUCGGUAGCCCAUUACAAUCAGAUGGCUACAGAGAAUGUGAUGGACAUCGGUCUGACCAACGAGAAGCCCAACCCGGAACUCUCUUAUUCGGGCUCCUUCCAGCCAGCCCCCGGCAACAAGACCGUGACCUACUUGGGAAAGUUCGCCUUCGACUCCCCUUCCAACUGGUGUCAGGACAACAUCAUUAGCCUCAUGAGCGCCGGCAUCUUGGGAGUGCCCCCGGCCUCAGGGGCACUCAGCACGCAGACCUCCACGGCCAGCAUGGUGCAGCCACCGCAGGGCGACGUGGAGGCCAUGUAUCCGGCGCUGCCCCCCUAUUCUAACUGCAGUGAUCUCUACUCGGAGCCUGUGUCUUUCCACGACCCCCAGGGCAACCCUGGGCUCGCCUAUUCCCCCCAGGAUUACCAAUCGGCCAAGCCGGCCUUGGACAGCAACCUCUUCCCCAUGAUUCCUGACUACAACCUAUACCACCAUCCCAACGACAUGGGCUCCAUUCCGGAGCACAAGCCCUUCCAGGGCAUGGACCCCAUCCGGGUCAAUCCGCCCCCUAUUACCCCUCUGGAGACCAUCAAGGCAUUCAAAGACAAGCAGAUACACCCGGGCUUUGGCAGCCUGCCCCAGCCGCCGCUCACGCUCAAGCCCAUCCGGCCCCGCAAGUAUCCCAACCGACCCAGCAAGACCCCGCUCCACGAGCGGCCCCACGCGUGCCCGGCGGAGGGCUGCGACCGCCGUUUCAGCCGCUCGGACGAGCUGACCCGGCACCUGCGCAUCCACACGGGCCACAAGCCCUUCCAAUGCCGGAUUUGCAUGAGGAGCUUCAGUCGCAGCGACCACCUUACCACUCACAUCCGCACGCAUACGGGCGAGAAGCCCUUUGCCUGCGAGUUCUGCGGGCGCAAGUUUGCGCGCAGCGACGAGCGCAAGCGCCACGCCAAGAUCCACCUCAAGCAAAAGGAGAAGAAGGCGGAGAAGGGGGGUGCGCCCUCUGCGUCCUCGGCGCCCCCCGUGUCCCUGGCCCCUGUGGUCACCACCUGCGCCUGAGGCUUCGGCCCCCAGAUCCCCACUUUUCCCCUCCAGUGUCUCCCAGCUGCUCGCCUGAAAGCAGCGGGAAAGCUAGCCACGGAGGCGCAGGGGCCGCGCCCUGGCCUCUCCAUGGACGUAAGGUCCCUUGUUCCCCUUCGAUGUCCCCCGUUUCCACCCUUUCACACCGGCCAACGGUCGGGGGCCAGGGCAGGAGGCGCCCUCCCUUCGCUGCCCCCCCCCCCAACCAAGGCGUGGGGGCGGAAAGGUGGCGUCUAGCCCGCUUUGUUCAGUUCGGAUCGUCUUGAUCCUGGGGCCGCUGGGCCGCGCCAAGGACCUGCGGGGGACUGAAGGCGGGGCCCGUCCAAGCCUCGCCCGACCCAAGCACCUCACGGUUCCCCCCACGUCUCCCUCGGUUCCCCCUCGAAGACCCGAGAGGGGGAGGGGGUAAGGAGCGCACCAAAGCGCAGAGCUUGCUGCCCGCCGCACGCACGCGCGCCUGCGUGCGGGGAUGCGCGCGAGUGUGCGUGCUCGCGUGAGUGUUCUGUGUGUGCGUGUGUGUGCGCGCGCGCGCACACACGUGUGUGUGUGUGUGUGUGUGUGUGUGUGUGUGUGACUCUUGAGCUGAGCUGGGCUGUGUCCACCCCAAACUCUUCCCCACAUCGGGUCCCCAGGCCGCUGGGGGAAUGUCCCAGGUUGGGGGCCUGCACGUGGCCGGAUGAGACGGUCUUCCAUCUGCUCUGAAAUAAUGUUUCUUACAGAAAUGCCUCGGAUGCCGCCGCCGCGGUGCUGCUACCGCCGUUUAGGGUUUGGCCUGUCAGCACCCCUCCUUUUCCGAGCGCUUCCCUCUUAGGCCUCAGGGCAGUUUGAUCUGCGGGGAGAAGGAGCGGCCAUUACUAAGCCUGCCUUUUAACCAACAGAUUUCCUCAACCCCACUUUUUAAACUCUACGUUCCUGAGUUUGCCCUCUGCCCUUUCUCCCGCUCCACUCCCUUCUCUCUAAGCCUUCUCCCAUCUCUUUCAAAAUCUUCUUCCGGAAAGGCAGGCCUCAACCAGCCACCUUUUGCCAUCUUUUUGUUUUCUCUCACUCAUACCCAUUUCUCCUCCUCCCCCCCCCCCCCCCCCCCCCCCCACUGAUGGGAAAACAGGCUCGUGUUUCAUCUUUUGCCAUCCCCAACACAACAGGUAGAAUUCAGAUCUAUGUACUUGGGGUGUGUAUGUAUGUAGGUGUAUAUACACACAUAUAUACAUAUAUGCAACAUACAUACACACAAUAAAAUCUCUAAGGUACUUGGCUAUCCAGUGCAGUGCACCGGCAUAAAGAGAAUUUGUAGGUAUAUAAGCUUUAAAUGAUUUAUUUUUUAUGAAAAACGUAACUGAUGAGAUUGUAUCUACAUAGGUGUGUGUAUGUAUACAUGCACAUAUAUAUGUAUGUAUGUAUACCCACAUAUACACACAUGCACUCAUCUCUGUCCAAAUUUUCCUCAAAGAUAUGGGUAUUUUUGCAUUAAUCCAUAUUGCUGAAUGAGGCAUAUCUUUUCCAUACCCCAGUCUCACCUACUCCCCGCCCUACCUCACCUCUUCUCAGGCACCCCCUCCUCCCCAGCACUUCCCCCCACACAGGGGUGACUCUUUUGGAGUAGUAGGGAAGGUUGCUCUCCGACACAGCUUCCAGCACAGUCUUGACUGAAUGUACUGUUCCCUCUUAGCGUGUGGUCACUGAGCUGCCCAGAGAGAAGGAACAAAGGUCUGGAGUUUACAGAAUGUCUGUUUUUAAAGUCACUUUAUGCGUUUCCCACUUUUUUUUUUUUUUAAGAAAAAAAAAAAGCACCGGGUUUUUGUUUUGUUUUGUUUUGUUUUGUUUUGUUUGUUUUUUGGGUUUGUUUUUGUUUUUUUGGUUUUUGUUUUCUUUGGUGGUGGAUAAAUAAUACUAAAAGGAGUCUAGUGAAAGGGACAAAACAAAAAAAAAUCAAAGAGCAGGGGGCUUGUGAAUUUCCAGGUACUUGGACUUUUUGUAGAAGGAAAGAGAAGAGGACGAAGUUUGCCAGGAGGGCCCAUAUUUUUUCAGCUGAAGGGUAAAAUCUUUCUUUGCAGAGACAGUAUUUUGCUGAAUACUUUUUAUAAUGUGAUGAUUAUUAAAAACAAAAUUUUUGGUCACUUCAAAGCUGGAAGGAGGAAUCAAAUAUCCUUUAAUAUUUUUUCCUUGCUCCUUCUGGUUUAUGCAUGCCACUGCAUGAUCAUCUGAGUUUUCCUUUGUUUUAAUAAAACUGUUCUCAGACAUUUAAGCUUAAACUAAGAGAAAAAUAACUUUGUUGCCAAAAGGUUGUGCUAUCCAGAUUUUUUAUAUGUCUGCAUGUUUUAAAAAACAACAAAAGAAAAUGCACUCUAACUUAUGUGAACUGAGAGAAAAAAAAUCAGGUUUUAAACAGGAAAACCUAUGGGGAAUGAUAUUUUUUGAAAGACUUUUGUAUAAAGUUGAGUACUUAGAAAAAGACAAACCAGAUGUAAUAUAUUUUGUGGAUGUUUUUAUUUCUUGGAUUUAUAGUACCUUAUACUAAGGUUAACAAAAUAUGCUUGAUAUUGUGAAAAGGUGAAAUUCUUCACCAAUAUUUCAUUUGCUCCUUUGUCACAUUGUUAUGCCAAUAUAAUAUAGUUAAUGAAAACAGCAUUUUUAAAAACCGAAAUAUUGAAAUGGUGUAAUGUUGUACCAUUUGCACUGUGAGCAAAUGCUAAUACAGUAAAUAUAUUGUGUUUGCUGACAAUCAGCCGGCCUAUAAAUCUCCUUAUUUUAUUUCUUGUUUUCAUAGUAUAAAGUUUUGGUUUGGCCUGUU